AUGAAAGUAAUCCUGGUUAUGGCUUUCCUGGCUUCCUUGAGUCUCGCUCUGGCUAGACCACAAGUGGGACAUGGCUCAGUCAAUGGACCCAGUGGCCGAUUCCCCAUGACCAAGAAUUGGGCUCUACCACCUGUUGAUCUGCGAAAGCCAAUUAUUUUCCUGCCAGAAGCCACGCCAAUUCAUGAAGUUCAAGAGUCACGAGCCGUUCAUACGAAACAAAAAAAAGACUGA